AUGUCCUCCUCAGCCGCUGCUGCGCCUACCAGCGCUGCCGCUUCUUCAGCUGCUCCUUCCUCCGCUCCUGCCUCUUCUGCCUCUCCCGCUCCCACGUCUGCCUCUCCCGCUCCUACCUCUUCCGAACCCGCCGCCUCGUCCGCUGCAGCCACCACAGCCCCCGCCUCUUCUGCAGCAGCCACCACACCCCCUGCGUCCUCAGCAGCAGCGACCACCGCCGCUCCGGCCUCGUCGUCCGCUGCACCCGCUUCGUCCGAGGCUCCCGCGUCAUCAGCCGCACCGGCGUCUUCUUCCGCUGCGGCUGCUUCGUCGUCUGCUCCGGCCUCUCCGUCGGCUGCUCCCCCUGCGUCGAGCUCGGCCGCGCAGCAGAGCUCGGCUGCGGCGGCGAGUAGCAGUGCGGCUCAGCAGAGCUCUCAGGCCGCUGCCCAAUCCUCCACCACAACCACCACCGUCAUCGUCCAGCCGUCCGACUCCUCCGCGGUCGCCUCAGCCUCCGCCGCUGCCUCUUCCGCAGCCGCCGCGUCUAGCUCCGUCGCGGCUGCUAUCUCCGCGGGGGACACUUCGCUCGCUGCGAGCGUGUCGGCUGCUCAGACUAGAACCUCCACCCUCCUCGUCGUCCCCACCUCCGCGGUCGAAACAACCCUCACCUCCGCCCGAUCCAUCACCACAACCGACUCGGCCGGGCGGCUCGUCACCACCGUCCCCGCCGUCUAUACCACCGCCGAAGUGACAACCUCCAACGGCCUCGUCUUUACCGUCACCCAAGUCGUGCACCAGCCCGGCGGGUCCCUCGACUCGGGCUCGGGCUCAGGCGCCAGCACCUCCGCCUUCUUCAACAACAAGGGGGCCGUCGCCGGUGUCUUUGUGGUUGUCGGUCUCGUCAUUGUCGGGAUGAUCGCCGCGCUCGGUCUCUUGUGUUUCCGCCGGCGAAGGCGCCAGAGGCUCGAUCGAGAAGUUACAGCGGCGGCUAUUGCCUCCAGUGCCGGUGCGGGCCAGCAUGGCCGGUCUCCGCUGGACGAUGAGGCGGAUGGGGAUCCCACGAGCUCGUCUGCACACCAUACGGCGGGUAGUUACCCGAGUACGGUGAAUGGCCCGAUGGCGCAGUAUGGGAAUUACGGGGCGAGUUAUGGACAGGCGGGAGGGUAUGAUCCGUAUGCCGCUCAACAGCCGCUCGCGGGCGCCGGAGGUGCCGGUGCCGGAGGUGGAGGUGGAGGAGGUGGGGGAGGAGGGUAUGGCGGGGCGUACGCGGCAGCAGCGGGUGCAGCUGCCGGUGGAGCAGCGGGCGCGGGCGGAUAUCACGCCGUCACGUCUGGUGGAGGAGACCCGUACUACUUUGAUCCGACCGAAGCGGGGCGGUAUGAUGAUUCUCCGAUCGGGUCGACGCCGGGUGGACCGGACGGCGGGUAUGGAGGAUAUGCUGGGUAUGGGGGACAGGGACACGAAGGGUAUCAAGGGGGAUACAGCGAUGAUCCGUAUGGAGGGUAUAGCGACCAUGCGGGCCAGCAGUAUGGGUAUGACCAUGAGGGACAGGGAUAUGAAGGACAGGGACAGGGACAAGGGUAUGGAGAGCACGAGCUGGAAGGGAGUAAUGGGACGCCAGGGAGUGAGAGGGGGAAUCCGCUUCAUGUUGCGAACCCAUCUCGACACUAA